CUGUCAAAAAGUGAUUGAAUUCAAAUGGAUAUACCCUUCUCACUUAAAGGGUGUUUGGGUUUUAACUGAAGGAUGGUUGUUUCACUGUGUAUGCUUUGUGGUGAUGUCAGCUGCAGUCUGGUAAUACCUGAUUGUUUGAGCACUCCCACAAGGCAAUAUGUACACACUACAGUAAACAGGCUGAUCUGUCCACCUCACUACUUUUCUGCUCUGUGAAUUGUUAGUUUUGGUGUAUCCAUGGCUGUUUGUUUACAUUGGAGAUGAUGAGUCAUGCAUAUCCAGCCCUGUAAAUUUACAUUAGCUCCUCAUGCUCUGUAAGUUAUUCAUUAUUUCUAGAGUCCACAUUAAGCCCUGGAUUCACUUGAGUUGCUUCUGUGCAUUCUGAGUGGCUGGGUCCAGGUACGGGGCAUGACUGUAAUCAUGACAACGGUUACAUUCAGUUCAGUUGGGAAAGGGAGAGUAUGAAGUGAGUUAAAAUGGGAAGUAGACAGAUUAUCACCAGGACUGUUUUUACAUCAACCCUCCUUCUCUGUAUACUCAGCCAUUUCCCUGAAUGUAUGGACGGACAGGGUGACGUCAGGCACUGGCCUAUUUACAAUGUGAACUCUGUUUUUACAGAAGCCCACAGGCUAUUGUUCACUGUUUCCUCAACAACAAGUUUGCUUUUACUAAAACUGGAGCAAAACGUUGAAGAGCGAGGGCAAAAGCACAAGUGAUGUCUUACGUGCCGUCGAAUUAGUGACUUCUUAUUGUGAGACCACUCAAACAGUAAUGACUGUCAUUAACUCCCUUGACACUAAUAACAGUUUAUUGAGGUUGAUGUAGCUGUACUGUAGUGCCAUGCCCUCUCUGAUUCCUGUCCUCUUGUCCCACAGAGAGGAGGUUCAGGAGAACUGUGUUUGCUGGAAGAAGAGGUUUACCUUUGUGUGUAAAAUGAGCACCAACCCCAUGACUGGAGUGCUGGAUCCCGCCAUCUGUCGGGUCUCUGUGCGGAAGGAACUCAAAGGAGGAAAAACGUUUUCAAAGCUGGGUUUUACUGACCUCAACAUGGCAGAGUUCGCUGGCUCGGGCUAUGCAGUCCGCUGUUGUCUGCUGGAGGGAUACGACACCAAGAAUACUAGGCAGGACAACUCCAUACUGAAGGUGACUAUUGGGAUGGCCCUCCUAUCUGGAGAUCCGUGCUUUAAAACUGCCCACAGCACAGCCAAGUCCAUCUCCAUCUCAGGCCAGGACCAUGUCCUCCAGCUGGACUGUAAGGGGGAGGGCACUGGAACCCCUAACUGGCCCACUUCUCGGGGCCGGUCCAUGAAGCCCAGGCCCUCGAUCAUCAGCUCAGGCUACAGCACAGAGCACUCCUGCUCCUCUAGUAUGUCUGACCUCACACACAGGAGGAACACCUCCACAGGAAGCGGCACAUCUGGGGGCCUCAGUGUGACAGUAGACACUCCAACAGAGGGAGAGAGGCCAGAGAGACCCCCUCGACCCCCCCGGCCCGUCUUGCCAUCCAACAAACCCCCCAGGAGGAAGCAGGAUUCCGUGGAGAGCCAUCCCUCCUGGGUGAAUGACACCCGCAUCGAUGCCGACGAUAUUGUUGAAAAGAUCAUCCAGAGCCAGAACUUUGCUGACAUAAGUAACACUGAAGACAGUAACCUGCGACUGUUUGUCAGUAGAGACGGCACCACAUCCCUGAAUGGUCUACUGCGCAGUAACAGGGUGUGUGCUGGUGUCUAUGAGCAAGUUGUGAUAGAGAGCCAUUACGACUGGUGAAGAUGAGUUUUAAUUGAGGCCUCUGCAAUGAAGCUUGUGGACUAACUCUAAAAAUAUAUUGCAGUCAUCCUGGAGCACCGGCUGAACUGGGAGCCAUAAGGAGGACCGUACCGCACAGUUUUCACAAAUAUGAAGAAAUAACUAUAAGAUAAAUGUAGUACUUUAAAUAAAAUACCAAUACAUUUUU